AAGUGGGUAACUAAGUAACGAGUUACCGACUGUUCGACGUCUCAUGUCGCAUUGCUCAGACGGAGUAGUAAUUCUACCACCGCGUUAUCCAGUGAUUAAACUAUUUAUGUUAGACUUCCUGUUUCGGGUGUUUAGGAUGCGUGCUGUCCCGUCGUUGUUCGUAGAUAACUGUAAUUGCGCGAAUUUGCUUAGUUUACGACAAACAAUCUGGUGUAUAACAGUGAUUCAUUGAAACGCAAACGAGUGCCGGUGCCUGAGGAGAUUUGUGUCAGCAAAUUCGCAUAUUAUUAUAGAAUUAAUCACGUAUUCCAAAGUAGUUGGAGCAAUUUGAAUUUAAGUGCGUGAGAAUUGAUGAAGAAAGCUACGACGUCAAAGUCUCUUCUACCGAUAUCAAUUCCUACAAAAUUAAUGGUAAAUUGAACUCGCCUGUGGACGUAGAAAAGAAGAGUCCACACGUGGGAAAGCUGCGCACAGAAAGCAAUUACGAGGUAAAAUGCGAGACCAUACACAUUGCGAUGGUGUGCGCCGGAUACAAUUCAACGUUCGCUUUGGUAACAGUAGUUAAAUCCAUUCUAUUCUACCGCACGAAACCUUUGCACUUUCACUUGCUCGUCGAUGAAAUUGCAAACAGGACCUUGACAACCGUGUUUCAAACGUGGAAUUUACCACAUGUGAAUUUAACGUAUUACAAAACAGAAAAAUGGGUGCCAAAGGUGUCCUGGAUACCGAACAAACACUACUCAGGCGUUUACGGUCUGUUGAAAUUAAUUCUGCCGGAUGCGAUGCGUGAGGAUAAAGUGCUGGUAUUCGACACGGAUGUGACCGUGUUGAACGAUGUUAGUUUACUUUGGCAGAUGUUCGAGGAGUUCACGAACGAUCAGGCCCUAGGGCUGACGGAAAAUCAGAGUCAUUGGUACAUAAAGGCAUUGUCCUACGGUCAGCGGCCAUGGCCGGCUCUUGGACAAGGCUUUAAUACCGGCGUGAUGCUAAUGCACUUGCAGCAGCUACGUAAGAGAGAAUUUACGAGGCUGUGGGAAGCUGUGACGAAGCGUGUGCUCGCCCAUAUACCAGAAACUAGUUUAGCCGAUCAGGAUAUAAUAAAUGCCGUUAUCAAAGACCAUCCUUUCAUGAUACAUAAGAUAAAGUGCACGUGGAACAUUCAGUUAAGCGAUCACACGAUCAGCGAUCUCUGUUAUCGCGAUACUAGUCAAAUAAACAUCGUUCAUUGGAAUUCCCCUCGCAAGCAACACGUGUCCAAUAAGCACAUUAACGAGUUUCGUAAGUUGCACAGGAUCUUCCUUGAGAUGGACGGGAACUUAUUGCGUAGACGCUUAUUUGGUUGUGAUAAACACGAAACUUCGUCGCAAUACAACGAAUCGAGUCCGUGUCGAGAGUUCACGAGAGGUGCAACCAUGUUGUAUCGCACUUAUCCUUUUCUCCUCGAAUACGAGUACAACGUGUACGCUCCAAUGGACGUUGCUUUAGUAACUCAGUGUAGCGUAGAAAGGAUACCGUUAUUAGAAGACCUAUCGAAACAUUGGCCUGGUACCAUAAGCGUCGCGUUAUAUCUCACCGACGCUGAGGUGCAGAAUUUCCUGGAGUUUGUGCACGGCUCCGUCGAGUUGAGAAACAGGAAGAACAUUGCAUACCACGUCGUGUACAAAGAUGGGGAACUCUAUCCUAUCAAUUAUUUACGAAAUAUUGCGAUGUCGUAUAUAUCGACUCCGUUCAUCUUUCAAUUGGACGUUGACUUUUUGCCGCAAUACGGACUAUACGAAACUCUUAUGGGUUAUAUCGUUAAAUUGAAUAUCAGCGAAUCGGACAAAGUAGCUUUGAUCGUCCCUGCAUUUGAAACGGAACGUUAUAGGUUUGUCUUCCCGGCCAACAAGGAUGAACUCUUGAAGUUCUUGAAACGUGGCAUUCUGUACACAUUUCGUUACCACGUUUGGACUCAGGGCCAUGCUGCUACAAAUUACAGUUAUUGGAGGAACACGAUGGAACCGUAUCAAGUCUCCUGGGAACCAGAUUUCGAACCGUACAUCGUUGUUUCAAAAUUGGCGCCUCGAUACGACACCAGAUUCAUCGGUUUCGGAUGGAACAAGGUGUCCUACCUAACACACUUGACCGUAUUGGAUUACAAGUACAUUGUCUUGCCGGAUACAUUCAUUAUCCAUCGGCCUCAUGCCCCUAGUCUCGACAUCGGCAAGUUUAGAACUGACUCUAUUUAUAGAAGAUGCCUAAAAAAGUUGAAGGACGAGUUUGUUGAAGAACUGGUGAUGAGGUACGGUUUGAGUACGCUGUUAAAAUUAAAGAAAAUGACCAAAGAAGAGAGAAUAUUAAAGUUUGUUGAAUCUAAAAAGUAAUCCAAAAUAUUAUAUUUAUAAGAAAGACUGUGAAGACACUGGUAUUAAAUAACUAUUUUCUCAAUAAAAAGAUAUUUGAAAAACCGCA